GGCUGCUGCUGAGACGCUGGCUGCGGUCCUCAGCGGGGACUCGGCCGCACGCUCCCCGGCUUUAAUGACUCUCCGUCAGCCGGCGCCGACAGGUCCACAGCGCCCGCCCACCGGCUGCUUUCCGCUUUAAGGCGUUUCACAGCGGCCCUUUAGCAAUGCGGAAGCGGGACACGUCGUCGACCGUGGAAGAGGAGCGCCAGGAGCCCGCAGAGGACGCCGAGGUGGAUGUGAGGCAGGCCGGUGGGUUGGGCCCUGCUCAGCAGCACGACAUGAAGCCUUUCAGGAGGUUGGGCGUGAUGUCGAAGAUGAGGAGGGUGGCAUCGUGGCUGCUGGUGGUCUACGUCUGCAUCCCCUUCAUCGUCAAGCUGUGUCCCUCCAUCCAGGCCAAACUCAUCUUCCUCAACUUUGUUAAGAUUCCCUUCUUCGUCGACCUCAAUCGACCUGCGGACGUGGGACUCAAUCACACGCACAACUUCUACUUGGAGCCUGAAGAAGGACUCAAGAUUGGAGUGUGGCACACUGUUCCCGCUGAGAUGUGGCGAGACGCUGAGGACAAACCGGGAGAAUGGUUUGACUCCACGCUAACCUCCGCCCACCCAGCCAUCCUCUAUCUCCAUGGAAACGCAGGGACCAGAGGAGGCGACCACAGAGUUGAACUGUACAAGGUCCUCAGUUCGUUAGGAUACCACGUGGUGACGUUUGAUUACCGGGGCUGGGGGGAUUCCGACGGGUACCCUUCAGAGUCGGGGAUGACAUCAGACGCUCUCUUCAUGUACGAUUGGCUGAAAGACAGGCGGGGCAAAAGGCCACUGUACAUCUGGGGACACUCGCUGGGGACGGGGGUUGCCACCAACCUGGUUAGACAGCUGUGUGACAGAGGAAGUCCUCCUGACGCUUUGAUCCUGGAGAGUCCGUUCACGAACAUCCGAGAGGAGGCCCGCAGUCACCCCUUCUCCAUGGUGUACAGACACCUGCCCGGCUUCGACUGGUUCUUCCUGGACGCCAUCAGCGCCAGCAACAUCCGCUUCGCCAGCGACGACAACGUCGAUCACAUCUCCUGUCCCGUGUUGAUCCUCCACGCCGAGGACGACGCCGUGGUUCCUUUCCACCUGGGCAAGAAGCUGUACAACAUGGCCGCCCGCUCCAAGAGCCUGAGCGGUCACAAGGUGCAGUUUGUUCCCUUCCCCUCGUCGCUGGCCUACAAGCACAAGUUCAUCUACAAAAGCCCGCAGCUGCCCCACAUCCUCAGCGACUUCCUGGGCACAGCUCAUCCCACCGCACAGUGAGCCACCGCCCAACAAUCACUUUUUAGGAUCGUUGAACUUUGUUUUUCUUUUCUUCUGUUACAGUUUGCUUCUUUUAGACAACUUGAAAAUAAAUAAAACACAUUUGUUUUAA